CGAUACACUGCAUUCCGAUCACGGUAUGUCUUUUUUUUCCUCAUGGAUUUAUACCCAGAAAUUUUGAGUGAAGUCAUAUGAUGAAAAAUGUAUCGAAAGUGCGUUCCAAAAAGGGCCUAAUGGUGACACACUAAUAUAAUCCAGCUCAUGUAAAUGUUAAUUUAAUAGAAUGACUCAGUAACACAGGGACUCGUGUUCCCCGUUCUGUCUACAUCUCACCAAUUUGUUUACUUCAGUGUGAUAUCAAGAUCCUAUAUUGCAGUCUUUGGUUCGUAUGAACCAUGUUUAUCCCCGAAGACCAAAUAUGGAUGGUCGUUGUUGGUUUCAUAAUAGCUUUUAUUCUUGCUUUUGGAAUUGGUGCAAAUGAUGUGGCAAAUUCAUUCGGAACUAGUGUUGGGGCCAAAGUAUUAACACUGAAACAAGCUUGUAUUCUUGCUACAAUCUGUGAAUUAAGUGGUUCUGUUCUUUUAGGUGCUAAAGUUUCCAAUACCAUAAGGAAGGGCAUUGUUAGUGUCGAACUUUUUCAAACCAUCGACAAUGGGCAUGUACUCUUGAUGGCCGGACAGGUUGCCGCUCUGGGUGGUUCUUGUAUUUGGCUCUUGGUUGCUACAUUCUUCCGUCUUCCAGUCUCUGGUACACAUAGUAUUGUAGGUGCAACGAUGGGUUUUAGUCUUGUUAUCUUUGGACUCAAUGCUAUUCAGUGGAAAGGACUAAUUAAAAUUGUUGGAUCAUGGUUUCUCUCACCUCUUCUGAGCGGUUUGGCAUCUAUUGGAGUAUUUUUCCUAAUGCGUUUUAUGGUGCUCAGAAAAGAAGAUCCUCUUGAACCUGCACUUAAACUUAUCCCAGGUUUUUUCGGUACAGUGGUGCUAGUCAAUAGUUUUUCCAUAUUUUACGAAGGACCUUCAAUGCUAAAAUUCGAUAGAAUACCUCUUUAUGGAAUAUUUAUAAUUAGUUGUGGUCUAGGUAUUAUCACUGUUCUACUUGUGAAGUUUAUUUGGGUACCUUUGGUUCGUCGACGUAUUUUAACUGGAGAAUCGAGUAGACAUAUUUUGAAAGGUUAUUUUACUCGUAAGAGCAAAAAGAAAUUAUCUGUCGCUGUAGACGAUAAGUAUCAAUCUAUUGAGGAUAAUAAAUCUUCCAAACGUUCAAGCAGUAAUCAUGAAACAAUUGACAUGGAUACGUAUGUACCUCAUACAGAUGGAGAGGCUGUGGUUGGAUUUCAAAAUAAUGUUGCUAGAGGAAAUACGGAUAACAAAGACAAACUUGAACGAUUUACAAGUGAAAAUAAUGGUGUAAUACAGGGAUUAGAAAAUCAGAAUAAAGUUUCAAGUCAUUUUGAAGUGAAACCAAGUAAUCCAGAUGAAUCAGGUCAUAAAAAAAAUCAGUUAAAUUGGGUUUUGGAUUAUUCAUCAAAUGAUCAAAAUGCCAUCACGGAUGGUAGUAAUAAUUUAAAUAAUGGUAAAAUGAAUGUAUCAUUUCCUCCUAACCUAUCUACAAUUGGUGAAGAACCAGAUCCUAUGGACUCUGUUAAAGAUCGUCCUGCUGAAGCUCAGGUUUUCUCCUCUUUACAAAUUUUAACAGCUGUUUUCGGAUCAUUUGCUCAUGGUGGUAAUGAUGUAAGUAAUGCUAUCGGACCGUUGAUCGGUUUAUGGCUUAUCGCCACCACACAAUCAGUUGAUUCAUCGAAAACUACAGAUAUUUGGAUUUUGGUUUAUGGUGGUGUUGGUAUAUCGGUUGGUCUUUGGAUAUGGGGUAGACGAGUUAUUCAAACACUGGGUGAAGAUCUGACAAAAAUAUCACCCUCUAGUGGUGUUUGUAUUGAGAUUGGUUCAGCCCUAACUGUAUUAAUUGCUAGUAAAAUUGGUCUACCAAUAUCAACUACACAUUGUAAAGUUGGUUCAGUUGUAUUUGUUGGACGUGCACGUUCUAAAGACAAUGUUAAUUGGGGUGUAUUUCGUAAUAUUCUAAUUGCAUGGUUAGUAACCUUACCUGCUGCUGGUGCUAUCUCUGCUUUACUCAUGUAUAUAUUUACAUUUGUUGUAUGAAUUUUGUUUAUUAUAUUAUUAAUAAAUAUUUUAUGAUUCAAAAAAUUUGUUUUUAUAAGUAAAAAAAAACGAAGAAAAGAAUAAAGUAAAUCUCACAAAUCAAUAAUGUAACUUCUUGUUUUUAUCGUCAUUCAUUUUGAGCGAACUGAUUGAUUUUUUUUUCUGCUCACUUCUUCAUUUACUUACUAGAUUUCUACUGUUUUUGUUCUUUUUUUCGUUCAACACAUCCGCUUGUAAACAUAUAUGCAUAUAUACAGAAUAGAAAACACAGUUACUUUUCUCCUUUCAUAUUAUUACAAUCAUAACUGAUCUCUUAUUCAUUUGAUAAAUGUUUUCUUACUAAUACAAGUGGUGAAAACUUAGGACUCCAGUAUUCUGAAGGUGCGAUGUUAUCAAAGAUAUUACUGUUGUCAUGAGAGAAUAUACUAGUUGUUGUGUCGGUUUUGCUUACAGUGGAGAAGGUUCCCCAAUCAAUGCCUCCUGAGGGAUUUUGGAAGUUUUUCCUAUCAACUUUACUAUGGCCUCAACGAUGUGUGACGGUUUCGCGUUUACUGAUUACAGUUUUCUUGUCAAAG